AUGACAUCAAUUGAAAAAUUAUUAGUUCAAGGUAUUCGUAGUUUUGAUCCAAGAGAAGCAAGUGUUAUUGAUUUUUAUUCACCAUUAACAUUAAUAGUUGGGCAAAAUGGUGCUGGUAAAACUACAAUUAUAGAAUGUUUAAAAUAUACAUGCACAGGUGAAAUGCCACCAAAUUGUUCAAGUGGUCAAGCAUUUAUACAUGAUACAAAGAUAGCAGGUGAAUCAGAAGUUAAAGCACAAAUUAAAUUAAGAUUUAAGAAUCCAAUUGGUAAACCUAUAGUAGCAUCAAGAUCAUUAUCAUUGAUUCAAAAAUCAAAUAAGAAACAAGAGUAUAAGCAAAUCGAUGCAUCAUUACAAUCAUAUACUAGUGAUGGUCAAAAAGUUAGUAAAUCAUUUAGAUGUAGUGAUAUGGAUAAAGAGAUACCAGAUUUAAUGGGUGUAGCGAAACCAAUACUUAAACAUGUUAUAUUUUGUCAUCAAGAGGAUUCAAAUUGGCCCCUAUCGGAAAGUGCUAAAUUGAAAUUGAAAUUCGAUGAAAUCUUCUCUGCUGUAAAGUACACGAAAGCAUUGAAAUCUUUGAAAGAUAAAAGAAAAGAGUUGACCACAUUAAUCAAGGAAUUAAAGCUAAGGCUAGAGACAAUCUCUGCCAACAUUGAGCAUUGUAAUCGUAUUAGAAAAGAGUUGAUCAAAGCCGAAGAGAUCUACUCAAAUGGUAAUAAAAGUUUAGAGGAUAUUAAAAUUGCAAUCAUAGAGAAACAAAAGACAUUGUCAACUAUAAAGAUUGCUGAAUCGAAAUUGCAAGAGUUAAAAAACGAAGUUACAGUUUUAAAUGCAAGGAAAUUAGAGAUGGAGAGAGUCAAGAAUCAAUUAUUCAAUUCGUUGACUGAGGUAUACCAAAAUGAGACCGAUGAGGAAUUGGUUUUCAUGCAAAGUGAAUUCAAUCGUGAAUGUGAAACAAUGGCAACCGCAGAGAAAGAGUUGUUGGAGAAUUCAGAGGUAUUGUUAUCUCAAAAGGAGGUCAUCAAUAAUUUAAUCAAAGAGAAUAGUUCACAAAAGGGUAGAUUACAAUCACUGAUUUCGCAACAAGACUCAAUACUAUCCGAUAGGGAUAAACAGAUGAAAGAAUUGGUUACACGUUAUAAAAUGUCGGAUUUCAUUCAAAUUCAAUUACCCUACCAAAAGGAGAUCGUCAUUAAAUUCAUCAAUGAAAUCACACAAAAGUUUGAUACACUAACAAGUGGUAUUUCAAAUUAUUCCAAAACAAACAAACAAAAGUUAAAUGCUAUUCAAAUGAAAAUCAAUCAAAAACGUGUAGACUCUAAUCAAUUUACAUCAUCAUCCAAUGAGAAAAUGUCAACGAUAACUUUAAAUUCAAAGAAAAUUCAAUCAUUAGAUCAAGAGAUUCAACAACAUACAAAUUCAAUUGGUGAAAUUGAUACAUUGGAGAAACAAAUUCAAUUUUCUCAAUCUGAAUUAUCAAUAUUAAAAUCGGAUGCAAAUUUACAAGAGAUUCAACAAUCAUUAGAUAAUUUAACUACAGAGAAAUUAGAAAUUGAAAAAGAGAUUCAAUCAUUACAAUCUUCUUUAAAAUUAUUAAAUCUUCAAGCAAGUUCACGUACAAGAUUAAAUAUAAAAAGAAAAGAAAUUCAACAAAAUCAACAAAAUAUUAAUUCACAAUUAAAUUCACAAAUUAUUAAUUCAAUUAAUUUAAUUUUACCAAAUGAAUUUAAUAAUGAUAAUAAUAAUGAUGAUGAUGAUGACCAAUUUAGAUUUAAUAUAAUUCAAAGAAUUGAACCAAUAGUACCAUUAAUAAAUAAAAAAAGAUUAAUAUUCACAAAUCAAUUAAAUGAAUUAAAACAACAAUUUCAAAUAUUACAAAAUAAAAAGAAUCAAAUUGAUGCACAAUUAACUUCAAGUAUUGAACCACAAUUAAAAAAGAAACAAAUUGAACUCGAAUCAUAUGAAAAAUUAAUAAAUGAUAGUAAAUUAAAACAAUCAAAUUUGUUUGAAAAUGUAAAUAGUAAUAAUAAUAAUAAUAAUAAUAAUAAUAAUGGUAUAACAGUUUUAUUAUUUGAAAAUAAAAUUAAUGAAAUGAAAUUAUCAUUAGAGAAAUUAGAGAAAUCAUUUAUUGUACUUGAAAGUGAAGAUAUUUUAUAUAAAGAGUAUAUAGAGAAAGCUAAUCAAGAUAAAGAAUGUUCUUUAUGUAAGAAUGAAAUGAAUGGUAAUGAAUUGACUUCAUUUGUUCAUACAUUAGAAACUCAUUGUAAUGAUAUACCGAAUCAAUUGAAACAAUUGAAAAUUGAAAUUAGUAAUUCUAAAAUUCAAUUAGAGAAAUUUAAUAAACUAUUACCAAUCAUUGUAAAGAGAGAAGAACUCAUUGAAAAAUCAAUACCAGAAUUAAAAGAAUCUCAAAAGAAUCUAUUAGAACAACAAUUGAAAUCAAAUGAAAUGGUUUUAGAGAAACAAAAUCAAAUUGAAUCAUUAGAAUCUCAAUCUGUUUUAUAUCAACAAGUUACCCUAGUUUUUCAAUAUAUCGAUCAAACUAAACAAUCUAUUCAAUCGAUUGAGAGUGAAAUUCAAAAGGAGGAAAAAGAAAUCAUGAAACAAUCAUCUGAUCUUAGAACCAUUGAAGAGGUUGAUAAGGAUUUAGAGAUUCAACAAGAGCAAUUGAAAACCAUUGAAAAGGAAAUUUCAAAUUUUACAAAUAAACAAAAGAAUGAUCAAAUUGGAAUCUUUGAAAAAGAAAGACAACUUAUCUCAAUUAAAAAUCAAUUGACAACAAUUAAAAGUGCUUCUGGUAUUAUAGAUCAUCUAAGGGAUACAAAGAAAGAGUUACAAUCAAAUAAUCAACAAUUACAAUUAGAGAUUGAAAAUUUACAACAAUCAAUAGAUCAAUCCAAUAAUGAUGCUAAACAAUUGGAGAAUGAAUUUCAACAAUUGGAAAUUGAAUUUGAAAAGAAAAUCGAUGCAUAUUCAAAGGAAAAGAAUACUUUUUCAGUACGUUUAGAUUCAAUCAAUAGUUUACAAUCGAAAAUACUCGACCCAUCUGAACUCUGCAAACAAUUGAAUGAAAUUCAAGAGAAAAAUCAAGAAUUGGAAUCAAAUCUUUCAACUCUUUCUCAAGAUUACUUAAUUGGUCAACAACAUAUUUCAACCAUUCAACAAAAUCUAUCUAGUAAAGAUAUUACCAAAAGAGCUAUCUCUGAUAAUAUCUCUUUUCGUCAACAUAAGAACAAUGUCGAACAAAUCAUUAGACAAAUCAGCAGAAAGAAUGAAUUAAUCAAAGAAAUGAUGCAAUCACAAUUGGAAAUUGAUUCAAAUAAAUUGGAACAAGAAAUAAAUUCAUUGAAAUCAAAAUUCGAUCAAAUCACUGGUCAAACUGCAGUACUACAAUCUCAAAUCAAUUCAAAUCGUCAAGAACUUUCAAAACCAACUUAUAAAAAUAUUGAUGAUGUCAAUAAGGAUCUAUUGAUUAAACUUCAAACCACUGAAACCGUUGGUAAAGAUUUAGAUAAAUAUUAUAAAGCAUUGGAUAAAUCAUUAAUGAAAUAUCAUACUUUGAAAAUGGAUGAAAUUAAUCGUUCAAUUAAAGAGAUUUGGCAAACAACCUAUAAAGGUAGUGAUAUAGAUACAAUUGAAAUCCGUUCCGAAGAAUCUGGUACUGCAAAUAAAACAAUUAAUUAUCGUGUUGUUAUGAUCAAGGGUGAUGUAGAAUUAGAUAUGAGAGGUAGAUGUAGUGCAGGUCAAAAGGUAUUGGCAUGUCUGGUGAUUCGUUUAGCAUUGGCUGAAAACUUUUGUUCAAAUUGUGGUAUCUUGGCUUUAGAUGAACCAACCUCUCAUCUUGAUCGUGCAAAUAUUGAAUCAUUUGCAAACUCUUUAUUAAAUAUUAUAGAAUCAAGAAAAUCUCAAAAAGGUUUUCAAUUAAUAAUCAUCACUCAUGAUGAAGAAUUUGUUCAAUAUCUUAGUAGAGGUAAUUAUUGUGAUUAUUAUUGGAGAGUUACUAAAAAUGCAAAUCAACAUAGUCAUUUAGAAAGAAAAGAAAUUGCUGAACUUUAA